GGGUGGUCAGGCAUCGGUUAAACGUGGACUGCUCCCCAUCGGGCUCCAGGGGCUUCCUCCGGGACAGGCUCGUCAGAAAGGACUUCAAGCACGCCAUGCUUCUGAGGAGUGUGGAUCAGGAUGCGGGAAGGUGGAACAGUCCUGACAUGGCCUCCCCCUCUCCGGUGUCUCCUUCCCGCUCUUACUGGAACAGACGCCUGGCAGGACAGAAAUAGAGCGGGCCGGCUCUAACAUCAGUGCCAGCAGGCUCCCCUCACAUUUGAACUCUCAGUCAUGUGACACAGUUAACAAAUUCCAGCAGUGGAUAAGUGAAAACGAGAAAAAGAACAUAGUAGCGGAGGGCAGUACACAGUAACAAGAGCAUAACAGAAACAGAAACAGUUGCCAGGAAUCUCUUUGUUACAUCACACAAAAUACUCAUAGAAAAACCUUUAAUAUCAUAAUAUCAUAAUAUAAUAUUUUGUAACUGGAUUAAGAGAAUAGUUCUGUUCAACAUAUUAAAGGGACAAAUUAAACAAAAAAAAUUUUUCAAGACUAAAUUUACAUGUAUGAAUUAAACAAUUUGCCAGCAGAAUAAAUAGAUUUAUUGAAAAUGUGAAAUCUUUGGUUUCUGAACAAUUCUCCAAAACACUGGCUACUUUCAAGAACACCAGAAAAAUGUGUUGUGCAAUAUUGGAAUAGCUUUUACUUGUUUUUUUGUUUGUUUGUUUUUCUUUAAAUAGAGAAAUGUAUAAUAUCGACACAUUUUUAAUCGACAAAAUAUGGAAGCAAGAAUAGAGGCUGCCCUCCAGAUGCAGACCGAGGCGUGCGUAAAAUGACGCGUCCUCCGGGAGUUAACGUCUCAGCUUGGACUGGAUAUGAGCCGCUCACAUAACUUUUUACAUAUCACUCUCUUUACAGUCAGGCAUUACCGGGCUACAUUCAGCCUCCCACACACACAGACAGAUUCGAGAGAAGCUGCGUGAGACAGCGCCGCAAUCGUUGCGUCACAGAGGACGCGUAACGGGACGGCCCGAGGUGUGGAGACACGCAGCAGCAGCAGAGCGGCCGAGGCGGGGACAGAGCUGAGACUGCAGGACCACUCUCACCGGACACCGACACGUCCCUUGCACGGCGGGUUAGCUAUCUCGGAAACAUCUUCAGCCAGGCCUGAAACUACUGAUUCCUGCACAGUGUUGACACAGACGACCAAAUAUAGAAAUGGUGUUCAGAGGCACAAUAACAGCUGCUCCGGACUUUGAUCCCAGCGCUGAUGCAGAGGCUCUUUACAGUGCCAUGAAAGGGAUCGGUAGUGAUAAAGAGGCCAUUUUGGACCUGGUCACCUCAAGAAGCAACGCACAGAGGCAGGAAGUCAUCGCAGCGUACAAAAGCAACUUUGGAAAGGACCUGAUAGACGACCUGAAGUAUGAGCUGACGGGUAAAUUUGAGCGUCUCAUCGUCAGCCUGAUGAGAACCUCAGCCUACCACGAUGCCAAAGAAAUCCAUGAUGCGGUCAAAGGAGCUGGAACAAACGAGAGAUGCCUUAUUGAAGUCAUGGCAUCGAGAACCAAUCAGCAGAUGCACGACAUGGUGGCAGCAUACAAGGAUGCGUAUGGCAGGGACAUAGAGGAGGACAUAAUCGCAGACACUUCAGGUCACUUUAAGAAGAUGCUGAUUGUUUUGCUUCAGGGGACCAGAGAUGAGUCAGGAGUGGUCGACGCCGACCUGGUGGAGCAGGACGCGCAAGACCUGUAUGCAGCUGGAGAAGAGCAGUGGGGGACUGAUGAGGCCAAAUUCAUCAUGAUCCUGGGAAACCGGAGCGUGACUCACCUUCGCAUGGUUUUCGAUGCAUACGAGAAGAUUGCAGAGGUGUCCAUUGAGGACAGCAUCAAGAGCGAGCUGUCCGGUGACUUUGAGAGGCUGAUGCUGGCUGUUGUCCAGUGCAUAAGGAGCGUUCCCAUGUUCUAUGCCAAGCGUCUUUACAAGUCAAUGAAGGGUCUCGGUACAGCUGACAACACCCUGAUCAGGAUCAUGAUUUCUCGCUCUGAAAUAGACAUGUUGGACAUUCGGGAGUGUUUCCGUUUGAGAUAUGAGACGUCACUUUAUAACAUGAUUAAGGAUGACACAUCAGGGGAUUACAAGAGGACUAUGCUUAACCUGUGUGGAGGAGACGAUGACUUAGCUGGAGAGUUCUUCCCUGAAGCUGCUCAGAUAGCCUACAAGAUGUGGGAAUUAAGUGCCAUGACCAAAGUCCAGCUGAGGCCAACGCUCCGCCCUGCAGCCAAUUUUGACCCUGCUGCUGACGCUCAAGCGCUGAGGAAAGCCAUGAAGGGAUUCGGAACAGACGAAGAUGCAAUCAUUGACAUUGUUGCGCAGAGAAGCAACGCUCAACGGCAAGAGAUCAGACAGGCCUUCAAAUCCCUCCUGGGAAGGGAUCUGAUGAAGGAUCUGAAGUCUGAACUGUCAAAGAACUUGGAGAGGCUGAUCAUUGGGCUCAUGCUGACCCCUGCAGAGUUUGAUGCCAAAAUGAUGAGCAAGGCAAUGGAGGGCGCCGGGACGGAUGAACACGCUCUGAUUGAGAUCCUGGUCACCAGGAGCAAUGAGGAAAUACAUGCCAUGAACGCCGCUUAUCAGAAUGCCUACAAGAAGUCUCUGGAGGAAGCCAUUCAGUCAGACACAUCAGGCCACUUCUGCCACAUACUCGUUUCUCUCGUGCAGGGUGCAAGAGAGGAGGACCCUGCAGACGUGGAAAGAGCAGAUGCAGAUGCUCAGGAACUUGCAGAUGCAUGCAACGCAGACUCUGACGACAUGGAGAUGAAGUUCAUGAGUAUUCUGUGCACCCGGAGCUUCCCUCAUCUCAGGAGAGUGUUCCAGGAGUUUGUCAGAUGCACCAACAAGGACAUUGAGCAGAUCAUCAAGAAGGAGAUGUCAGGAGACGUGAAAAAUGCCUUUUAUGCAAUCGUUCGCAGUGUAAAGAACCAGCCCUCGUACUUUGCAGACCGCUUGUACAAAGCCAUGAAGGGCCUCGGCACAGACGACAGAGCGCUGAUCCGCAUCAUGGUGUCCCGUUGCGAGGUCGACCUUUUCAACAUUCGCAAGGAGUUCAAGGAAACACACGACGUGUCUCUGCAUGAAUUCAUCCAGGUAGAAACCAUGAUCGGUGACACCUCAGGAGACUACCGUAAAACCCUGCUGAUGCUCUGCGGAGGGGAAGAUUAAACCUGUCACGUCUCUCCAGCUCCUGUAAAAACCCUGAGAAGAUCCCAAUCCCACAAUGAAACUGUGGUGGUUAGUGUCAGUAUCUGUUGUCACUGUUCCUAAACUGCUGCCACUCCUCAGCCAAACCACGUGACCUAUGACCUCCCAGCUGUCAAAGCCAGUGUUUCAGCUCUCACGUCUGAUCAACCUGUCCAGCAGGAUGAUGUCUUUCUUUCUUUCUUUUUUUAACAGAGUCAUAUAUAACACUAAAGAUGUCCAUGUAAGUGAUAAUUGGUGCUUCACAUGUACUUCUGAUCGGAAAUUAACUUUGUCACAGUGCCUUCAGAUUGCAGGCCGUCCAAUUAUUACUGUCAUUUUAAGGUGUCACACAUACCUGAAUAAAAUGAUGAGGAAUACAAA